UGGGGGCGACAACAGGGCGGUGUGGGAAUCUUAAAGCUACCUCCAAAUUAAGUGUGAUUCUUGAUUUCCAUGUAGUGCAUGCACUAUCUUCAAUGGAGAUGUAUCAAAAUCGAUCAGAAAUGUGAAUUAUUAAUAGAACCUACCGAGUUAUAUUUCUUGACCAUUUUGUUUGAAUUUUCCUGAUAUUGAAAACAAAAAAAUAAAAGCCUGAAGUGGGCAGUCUUUUGCCCUUUUCCUAUAAGCAAUCAACAUAAGAUAGAUUUGAUCAUUUAAAACAUAUAUUGGGUCUUUUUCUCACCAUUUGACCUCUUUGAGAAUUGUGGUUACCUAAUCAUAUCUUUAAGAUAGUAUCAGACAGAGCAUGUUCUGAGUUGGAUUGCUGCUAUGACUCUUGUAGCUAUCCUUUUCAUGUCCGGCACAAUAGAAGAUGAUAAAAUUGGAUCUAUAUGGCACAUACAUUUAGGAAUACCUUAGAAUUGGAUCUUUUUAUCACAUACAUUUAGGUCAGGUUAGGAAUAGCUUAAUGAGAAUUAGGAGAGAUAUAGAAUUGAAAACAGGUAUCUAAAAGUUGGUUAGUCAAAUUUGGUAGGCUCUAUUCAUUGUCAUUCCUAUCCACAUGUGGAAUUGAACACCAAAUUGAAGGGAUUAAUCCAAACGCACUAAAUUCCAAAGAGAAGACAAGUUUUGCAGGAAUUGAAGCCUUGAGUUGAUAUAAUUCAGGUCUGGUACAUUAUAACUACAACUAGAAGCAUAGUACUUCUGUCAUAUGUGAAUAAUAAUAAUGCAAUACAUUUGUUUAUCCUCAACUUGCACUCACAAAGUGGCUCAUCUAGUUGACUGAUUCCCUUGUGAUCCUUUGACUUAAUUAGUCAUCAUUACAGAAAACCCCAUUAUGGAUGAUGGAUAAAUGACAAGAAUAGUAUUCUUUAUUAAGAAAAGAGAUCAGUAUUUUUCUUUUGAUAGAAUAGAAGAGGUGGCCAUCAUCUAACCAAUGGCUUCCAUUGAUGAGUGAAAGGUUCACUUCAGAGAGGUGGGGAGGGAGAUCCAUCGAUUGGACUUCCUGUGCUUUCAUUGCCAAGUUGUGUGUGCUUGAGAUGAUGGCAUGUUGGGCAAGGAGGAGCCUCUUCUACGUCCCCUGUUAAUUCCAUCCUCCGGAGGACGCAGCGUCCAUGGUGAAGGAAGGACGAGAAGGGGCAGCGCCAGUGCUGGGGAAGUACGAGCUUGGGAGGACGCUGGGCGAGGGCAACUUCGGCAAGGUGAAGCACGCCAGGCACGUGGAGACCGGGGAAACCUUCGCCGUCAAGAUCCUCGACCGCAAGCGCAUCCUUUCCCUGAAGGUCGACGACCAGAUCAAGCGGGAGAUUGCCACCUUGAAGCUGCUCAAGCAUCCCAACGUCGUCCGCUUACAUGAGGUAUCAGCAAGCAAAACCAAGAUUUACAUGGUCCUGGAGUUCGUUAAUGGUGGCGAGUUGUUCGACAAAAUUUUGAAGGGAAAGCUUUCAGAGGAAGAAGGAAGGAGGCUUUUCCAGCAGUUGAUUGAUGCUGUCAGCUACUGCCAUGAUAAGGGUGUUUACCACAGGGAUUUGAAGCCAGAAAAUGUGCUUGUAGAUGCAAAAGGAGACAUAAAGAUUUCAGAUUUUGGCCUCAGUGCUUUACCUCAGCAUCUUGGGAAUGAUGGUUUGUUGCACACAACAUGUGGAAGCCCAAACUACAUUGCUCCUGAGGUCCUCUCCAAUCGAGGUUACGAUGGCUCGAGGUCAGAUAUCUGGUCUUGUGGUGUCAUCCUCUAUGUCAUCCUCACUGGCUUUCUCCCUUUCGAUGACCGGAAUCUCGCUGUUCUUUAUCAGAAGAUCUCGAAGGGAGAAACCGAGAUCCCCAAGUGGCUCUCUCCUGGUGCUCAAAACAUUUUGAAAAGAAUUCUUGAUCCAAAUCCUAUAAUGCGAAUAAAUAUGGCGGGAAUCAAAGCAGAUGACUGGUUCAAGCAAGAUUAUGCACCUAUUGUUCCAAAUGAUGAUGACGACGACAAAGAUGUAGAUAGUCUUUAUGCUUCUCUUUGCAUUAAAGAGCAUAAUGUGCCAGAUGAAGAUAGAACUUCGUCUAGUCAUAUCAAUGCAUUUCAGCUGAUUGGAAUGUCUUCAUCACUUGACCUUUCUGGAUUCUUUGAGAACGAGGAUGUAUCCGAAAGGAAAAUUAGGUUCACAUCGAACCAUGCACCAAAACAUCUGUUCAACAAGAUUGAGGACAUUGCUACAGAAAUGGGGCUUCAGGCUCACAGGGGACCUGGCAAAUUGAAAGUUACCCAGAAGCACAACCCAAAGAGCCCCGGGAGCACUGGCUCACUCUCUGUUGCUGCAGAGGUGUUUGAGCUGAGUCCAUCUUUGUAUGUUGUGGAACUGAGGAAGUCACAAGGUGAUUCUUCAUUGUACAGAAAGAUGUGUGCAAAGCUAUCAGAGAAUUUGGGUGACUGUUAGGGACAACAGCAGCUUUAGGAGGCCAAGAUGUCAGCAGCCAUGAAGGGGAGGUGCCUCCUGCUGUGUUGUAACCCAAUGAGGGUUUGUAGCAUUAGGUGCAGGAGGAAUGUAUGCUUGGAAUAACUGAAAAAGUGUAGAUAAGAAAGCAUCCUUUGGAGGAUGUUGUGAAGGGCUUGUGUUGGAUACGGUGAGUAUGAUUUUCUUUUUUCCCUCUCUCUUCUUUUUAACAGUUGUCCUCCGCAAAGAGGGGAAGAGUUCGCAUAAAAAAAUAUUUGUAUUAUGCUCCUCGGUAGCGAGGAGAUUCAUUCA